AUGAAUGCCAGCGACCCUGUCGAUGUGGCCGAGAUUGCCAAAUCAAGGGCAGCUGCACACGAUGUCGGUGUGGAUGAGAAAGCCAUAGUAGUUGAUGAGAUGACCAUCGACACUGCGCCUCCCCUACGAGAGGUGUCAAUCCAGGGUGAUUCUAUGGACAAGACCACUCCCACCACGGAAGAGCUAGCCACUUUGCGUCGUGUUGCCGGCAAGCUACCUGUUGCAGCAUACAGUGUUGCCUUUGUGGAACUGUGCGAGCGUUUCUCGUACUACGGUACCACUGCUGUUUUUGUCAACUUCAUUCAGCGACCUUUGCCCGAUGGAUCCUCUACCGGUGCCCUUGUUCCAGGUGUCUCUGAUUGGAGCAACGAGUCCCCCGGAGCUCUGGGUAUGGGUCAACAGGCCUCCACCGGAUUGACAUUGUUCAAUUCUUUCUGGUCCUACAUCAUGCCCCUCUUCGGUGCCAUGAUUGCUGAUCAAUAUUGGGGUCGUUACCGUACCAUCAUGUCCGCCAUUGCCUGCGCCCUUGUUGGACACAUCAUCCUCAUCAUUUCCGCUAUUCCCCAGGUUAUUUCACACCCUAACGGCCAACAUCGCCCCCUGAUCGCUGAACAAUAUCGUGAGGACAAGCCCUAUGUCAUGACACUGGAGUCCGGUGAGCGUGUCAUCGUGGACCCUUCUGCCACCGUUGCGCGUAUCUAUCUGUACUUCUACAUGAUGGUCAACAUCGGUUCUUUUGUCGGCCAGAUCGCCAUGGUCUACGCCGAGCGAUAUGUUGGUUUCUGGCUCUCUUACCUGCUCCCCACAGCCAUGUUCUGUCUGUGUCCUCUAGUAUUGCUCAUUUGCAGGAAGCAGUACAUUCUCACUCCCCCCAGUGGCUCGAUUUACGGCAAGGCUUUCAAGCUGUGGAUGUUGGCGAUGAAGGGCCACUGGUCCCUGAACCCCGUGCGAUGGUUCAAGUCCUCUGGUACCGAUCAUUGGGCCGUCGCCAAGCCCAGCUACCUCGGAGCCAGCAAGCCCGCAUGGAUGGACUUUGACGAUGCCUGGGUUGAUGAAGUUCGACGUGGACUGAUGGCCUGCAGAGUGUUUUUGUGGUACCCUCUUUACUGGCUCGCCUACAAUCAGAUGUUGAACAACCUGACAUCUCAAGCGGCUACCAUGAAACUUGGCGGUGUUCCCAACGACAUCAUCAACAAUCUCAACCCUAUUGCAUUGAUCAUCUUCAUUCCCAUCUUUGAUCACAUUGUCUACCCCAUGAUUCGCAAGAUGGGCUUCAACUUCACCCCCUUGAAGCGUAUCACAGCCGGUUUCGUCAUGGCCGCUCUCAGUAUGGUCGUCGCCGCCGUCACCCAACACUACAUCUACAAGUUGGGACCCUGCGGUAAGGAGGCCAACUACUGUCUUGAGGUAAAGCACGAGCACACCAACAUCUCGGUCUGGAUUCAGGCCCUGACCUACAUCAUGGGUGGUAUUUCCGAGAUCCUCGCCUCCGUGACUUCCCUCGAGUAUGCCUACACCAAGGCCCCCAAGAACAUGCGAUCUCUCGUCCAGGCUGUGUCCCUUCUGAUGAACGCCUUCUCGUCUGCCAUCGGUCAGGCUUUCAUUGGUCUGGCUGAUGAUCCUCUCUUGGUUUGGAAUUACACUGUGGUUGCUAUUCUAGCAUUCGUCGGUGCUAUUGGCUUCUGGGCCACCAAUUACAAGUUGGACGCACAGGAGGACGCUAUGAACAUGUUGCCCGACAGUGAAUUCACUCCCCAUGCGGCUGUAGAUGAGGAGCGGAAGUGA